AUGUUGUUCAGUCUCACUAAGUCAUGUCUGACUCUUUGCAGCACCAUAGACUGUAGCCUGCCAAUCUGUUAUUCCAUGUCUGGUUGUAACUGUUGCUUCUUGACCUGCAUACAGGUUUCUCAGGAGGCAGGUAAGGUGGUCUGGUAUUCCCAUCUCUUUAAGAAAUCUCCACAAUUUGUUGUGAUCCACAGAGUCAAAAGCUUUAGCGCAGUCAAUGAUGAAGAUAUUUUUCUGAAAUUCCCUUGCUUUCUCUAUGAUCCAAAGGAUUUGGAACUUUCAUCGGUGGUUCCUCUGCCUUUUCUAAAUCAGCUUGAACAUCUGGAAGUUCUCAUUUCACAUACUGUUGAAGCCUAG